AUGAUCCUGCUCCUAUCUCUUUCAUUAGCCGGACAGAUGGACAACGAAUCUGCUCGAACUAUAGCGGAGUAUAUUACAAGACAACAAUCCAAAAUAUGUCAUAUGCAUGUAGUGCAAGCGGCUCAAUAUAUAUUGGCUGAAAUGACCUUGGCAGGAAAAGGAUUUGCAUAUUUCGUCGAUCCAUACGCUUCCGGAAGUACAGCCUGCGUCAAGGAUGAAGAUAUUCCCCAGGGAUUGGUCCAGAUUUUCAAUACAAUCGCUGAAGGCACUGUUACCAUCGAACCUCGCGAUGUUAGCAAAUUUCUCAAUGACGCUCUCGAACGUUACUACGCAUCAGCUUUAUGGCCUGUUACAGAAGAGGUCGAUGAUUCUGAGAGCCCGGUCAAGGCGGAUGAAGAUGGUGAAGAGGAAGGAGAAGUGGCAGGAGUCUCUGGUCUCUGUAAAGGCAGCGAAAGCACAUUCACUGCGGAGAUGGGUGGAAUUUUAUUAAUUCCUGCUCCCAGUGGCGUCAAUGGGAACGCAUUGGCUGGGCUAAGCGACCGGAAUUCAACGUACCCCUCUGAAAUGAGUGUGAAUGGCGAGUUUGUACCUGAUGACGUGCAGGAAUCAACACUUCUCCAAGAGUCGGACCCAGCUGCUUUGCAUCGCUAUUUCCUAGUCAAAGGGGAAAUGCUGAUGCAGUUGUUUCAGUUCUGUCCUCUGUGUGGGCACAAGUUAAGCGAAACCCAGCUGGACGCCAUUGGAACCGCUCCCGUCGUCAGAUUUAUUUGCAAACAAUGCUGCGUAGGGGAACGACGAGUACAGCUGUGGGAGGGUCAGCAACGUACAACCGUACAGAGCCGGAAGGGAAGGCAUUAA